AUGGAAGAGUCUCCUUCAAAGGAUCUGGCGGCGGACUUGCAAAGCUUUCAUAUAAGCAGUCCUCGGUCGGGUCGAAAGCCCGCAUCGACCGACGCAGCCGCGCCUGAUAUGAUCGGUCGAAAUGUCAUGAAGCAGUACUUGCCCAACAAUGAGUUUGCCGAUUCGAAAUUUGUGUCUUACGUGGGUGAGUCUGAAUCGAAGAGCUACAUCAAGCGGCUGGGCGAUUGGUCUAUGAACUAUGGCACAGUGCAACAGAGAUCGAAGUCACCGGUAAAGAAGGACAAUGAACUACCGCAAUUCAAGCAGUAUUUGAACUUCAGCUUGCCGCAGAAAAAUUCCAAGCAGGAGCUGUCGAGAGAUCCAGAGUCAGAACUGAUUUUGACAGCUUCUCUGAAUGACAUCUCGGGGAUACCGACAAACACCUUCAAGAGACAUGAUCACCAGAUGAAGCGGCAGCAGUUGACAAAUACAGAAAGUUUAUCGCAAGAUGUUGGCGAGCAGGAGGACGAAGAAGAAAAAGGCGCCACCGAUCUUGACGAUGUUGAUCCGGCACUAGAAGCUCGUGGCGUUUUUGACAAUAUUUUGAAAACUCAGAAAUCUAAUUACGAUUUCCAGCAAGGAAGGGACGAACCACUAGCCGGCAGCAGGAAUAGGUAUGAAUCUGAUGGAACUUCAUCGUAUCUUGGUGAAACUCCGUCGUCGCUAUCUCCAAACUUCGAGCCCUACCCAGAAAAGCCGGCGGGCAUAAAACUUAUCACGCCCGAAGAGAUGGGCUUGGUGUUUGAUAAUGUUAAUGGCGUAUGGUACAAGCCACCAGCUAAAAAUCAAGAUAUAUCCAGCAGCCGGACGAUCGAUAACGCGGACUCUACUAUGUCGAACAUUUCCAAGGACCAGCAUGGAAUUGAGGGGAUCAUCGCCGCUUCUGCGAUGAUGAAAUUUGGCAGGAGCAAGAAGGAAGCUAGACCCUCACUGCCUGAAAAUACUGAUACCGUUGAAGAAAGAUAUGAGAUAGAGGAUGAUACACCGCUAGACCUUCCGCAGAUAAGCCCAGAAUAUCUGCUUCAAGCAAAUGCAAUGAAGAACGACAAAAAGUCAUCUGGGAAUAACGCGACCCAAAACAUGAUUGCCAAUGUAACUACCGUCUCGCAGGUGGAGACUUCUUUCCAGCAAAGCAAGCGCGAGCUGAUAUCCAUUAUAACGGACAUUUUGCCAGCACACAAGAUUAGUUGGUCUCGAGUUAGAAGAAUUGAUUUGCAGGACAAACAAUUGAGUCAGGUGAUCGGGCUGAACGAAAUACUGCCACAUCUAACUGAUUGCGAUCUGAGCGAUAAUGAUCUGCGAGGGCUGCUUGGAGUUCCCACCGGUGUUCUACGGCUGUCGUGCCGAAACAAUCGCAUUUCAUCAGCGUACCUUAGCUUAGAUACCCUGCCACACUUGGAAACCAUUGAUCUCUCUCAUAAUUCCAUAGGCCACAAUGUCAACAUAUUAUCGUCCUCGAUUCAUCUGCGACACGUGAAUCUUUCACACAACAAGAUACGGUCAUUAAGCGGAGGGCUAGGUCCCUCUAGGAUAAUAAAGCUGGACUUAUCGAACAACGAUAUCAGCGGCGCAAUAGAUUUCGCUCAAUUGGUCAGACAUGACCGUCACGACGAAGGCGAACGUGGCUGGUUAUCCCUUGAGGAACUUAACCUCAGCAACAAUAAAAUAACGCGGCUCAGAAAUGUCCGCUGUCUGAAAAGCCUAAGGGUACUCAAGAUCGACGGUAAUCCGAUUAAGGAGCUUAUUGAAACAGCCGGUGCCAUAGAAACCACAGUGCGGAGCAAUUUAAGGACAUUAAGCAUAACAAACACUCAAAAUGCACUGACCCGAUUAGGAACGCUCAUUGCGUCCACAACCUUCAGAGAUGAGAUACCCUACCGUAGACUUCGUAUCCUGAGGACCGAUUCCUUCAGCCGAUUCUGCAGAAUACGAUCAAUGCCCAGAACCCUUGAAGAAUUGUCAAUUCAAGGUGGUAAGGUAGAAGCACUUCCCAGCUGGUCGAUCUUCCCGAGCUCUUUACGGAAACUAUCGUUAAAAUCACUACAAGAUCUAAGAGAAAUUCCGCAUACCCUGGCAUACCAACUGCCGAGUUUGCAGGAACUGGAUUUGUCCAGGAAUCAGCUGAACAGCUGCUACAAAUUAGUCCGAGCGCUACCGACCUCAUGUCUAGUGAAGUUAAGCAUCAAAGAUAACCCGCUUUCAAGUUCAGAAAAGGACAAACGUGACCUAACGAAAGUUAUCGGGAUGGUUUGCCCCAGGCUCACGAGUUUUGAGCUAUAG